AUGAUGCACCCAUCACGACAAGCCUAUGUCGAGGAAGAUACCGACAUGGGUAUCAACUUUGCUGAUCUGCCGGUCGACCAAGACUACGACAUGCCCAGCACGGAAGCCGGUAUUCCGUCGUCGCGCGCAUCAGCGAUCAUCUCGCAAUUUGGGCGCAAACGCCGCGCAGCAGCGAUGGUAGUUCCAACAGACGAUACGAAAGUGCGCGCCAGACUCCGCGAGCUCGGCGAACCCAUCACACUAUUUGGCGAAGGGCCUUCCGAGCGACGAGAUCGUCUCCGCGAACUGCUGACAGACAUGGCGGAGCAGCAGGGGGGAGAUAUCGAAAUGGAGGAACCAGAGGAAGAAGACGAAGAGCAACAAGAAGAAUUCUAUACCGUUGGGAGUGAGGAGUUGCUCGCGGCACGCAAGAACAUUGCGCAUUACUCUUUACCACGGGCUAAAGCUCGAGUGGCGCGGUUGAAGGAGGAAUCGACCAUCCCGCUUCGAACACAUGUUAAGCACCGGAAAGCAGUGCGGGAAAAAUUAGAAGGAUUCGAUCUGUACGGGUCGCAGAUCGCCGGAGAUCGACCGGUCAGUAUCUGUCGGUUCUCACCGGGUGGACAGACUGUUGCAGCGGGAAAUUGGAGCGGUGGUAUAAAAUUGCUGAGCGUGCCGAAUAUGGAGGAGACGGCGAACUUCAAGGGCCACACUGAUCGGGUGGGUGGGUUGUCGUGGGCUCCUGGGGCUACAUUGCCUGAGUCUAAUAUCUCACCGUCCACCGUCAAUCUGAUCUCUGGGGGUGGUGAAGGUACCAUCAAUCUCUGGGCUUUGGACCAGGAAAAGCCAUUGGCAACUCUAUCUGGACAUUCUGGGCGUGUGUGUCGCACGGAAUUCCAUCCCUCAGGCCGCUAUGCGGCAUCUGCGUCCUUUGACACCACAUGGCGAUUGUGGGAUAUUGAAAAGGAGACCGAGUUACUUCUGCAAGAAGGUCAUUCACGGGAAGUCUAUGCAGUGUCCUUCAACAAUGACGGUUCAUUGGUGGCCAGUGGUGGAUUUGACAGCAACGGACGAAUCUGGGAUCUGCGUACAGGACGGACAGUGAUGAUUCUGGAAGGCCACAUCCGGGAGAUCUUCGGUCUGGACUGGGGUGUGGAUGGAUACCGAGUGCUGUCUGGAUCUGGUGAUGGCUGGGUCAAAUUCUGGGAUCUGCGACAAGUCAAGAGCACGGGAGGAAUUGGAGCUCACAAAAGUGUGGUCUCUGAUUUGCGGUGGUAUAAGGGUGCUGAAUCAGCCUCAUUUUUGCCCUCUGGAGAUGGCAUGGACAUUGAUACAGAGACUCAAGAGCCUGUGCAGCCCAAGAAGUCUGGCACGUUCUUUGUGAGCAGUGGCUUUGACAAGAAUGUCAACGUCUUCAGUGCGGAUGAUUGGUCUCUGGUGAAGACGCUGAGUGGUCACUCUGGCAAUGUCUUGAGUACAGAUAUCAGUGACGAUGCAAAGUGGAUUGCUAGCUGUGGUCAUGAUCGCACAGUGAAGCUCUGGGGGCUUGAAUGA